AUGACAGAAAAGAUACCACGACCCAAGGGCAGACCAAGGGUACUACCUAUAGUGCAACGGAAGAAGGUUUCUAGAGCUUGUGAUGUGUGCAAAAAACGCAAAAUGAAAUGUGAUGGACUAACUCCAUGCCAUUAUUGUCAAACAAAGUCACUAGACUGUAUCUAUACCAAAGUCGAUGGUCGAUCACUCAAGGCUAAAGCUUACCUGGAAAAAAUGAAAUUAAAUCUGAGCAUUGAAGGCGACCACUUGCAACUGAAUGGCAUCCAUUCGGUAAAUGCAUCUCACUACAAUGACGAUUUAGAGCCAGAUAUACCGUCACUAACUCACUCACCAAAGCAAUAUUCAACGUCCAUGCCAGACAAACCGAUGAGAAAGGCAUCACUGCCGCCUUUGUCUUUGAGUAUUAUUUGUGAAAACCUACAAACGGCUCUCACAAGUGGAUCCUUGCCCGCUUCUGCAACAAAGGACCAAGAGUCGAAAGAAGGGCUUUCAAAUUUGAACGGACAGUAUACGAGACUCUUGACGACAAAGGCUGGAAAUUUGAGAUUUUUUGGAGAAAGUAGUGCCCUUUCGUUACUAGGUGAAUGCCGAAGUCUAUUUAGGGAUAUCUCUGGAUCGAGCCGCUUUACCGAUGAUCCAGUACAGCAAUUUAUUACAGACGAAAGUGUUGACUACCGACACCUUCCUGUCCCUGUUCAGCUCCCUUCAAAGGCCGAUGCCUUUAUCUUGAUUGAUCUUUUCAAAACCAACAUUAACGAUACAUUUUACGUGUUCAAUAUGAAGCAUUUCAAUAAAUACGUAUUUGAAAAAAUUUAUCGGGACCCUGUUAACUGCAGUGCAAUUAGAAUAGCACAGGCAUUGGGUUUACAUCGUCGUUGCAUUAACAAUCGAAUAACAGAUAGGGAUAUUUUAAAUCACAGACGGAGAUUAUGGAGAAGUCUCUACGUGUGUGAUUGCGUCAGUAGUGUCAAUCUAGGUCGACCAUUAAUGAUUAAUGCUUACGAUUAUGAUGAUGCUAACAGUAUGAUAGAUGUUGAUAAUUUAGAGGAGGUUGAGCAAAUUCGAAUAUUGGCCCAGAAAUCGACUUCAGAUAGUGCGGCCAUUAAUGCCAAGAUUGUGGAAAAUAUAUUUAAAGAUGGGGUUGUUAAUAUCAAACGAGCCCAUAUUUUGGCCUUGCAAUUAAAGAUUUGGUCAGUGCAAUUACCCAAAGAACUACAGUUGAGUGCAGCAAUGGAAAGUCAAAUGGAAUCGGGUACCGACCCCAACAAUUAUUUGUAUGUGUUUGUUCAUAUUGGACAGUUGUAUGGAAUCAUGACACUCACAAGACCGUUUUUGGUUUACGUGGUUACACGAAAACUCAAACCCGAAACAAAACAACAAGUGAAGGAUGAACAAAGCUUGAUGAAUUUUUGCAAAGCCUGUAUCAAGGCUAGCUUUUUGGUGAUUAAACUCUUGAAAUUUUUCGUCACCCAUAACCCCCAUAGAAAAGAGGUAUUUACAAUUCAAUCAGCGUGCUUUUUCGCAUCGAUAAUUAUAGGAUUUACCAUAUUAGAGCAACGAAAGUCAUCUAAACCAGACCUUCAUUAUAUUUCAGUGUUGCAGGAUACAUUGAUGGACGGUUAUAAUAUUUUAAACAAUUCUGCAGACUUCAAUAUUACCAGCAAGAGGUGGGCGAUAAAUUUGCAAAAUAUGAUAAACCACUUGAAACAAUUUGAGCCGGAGCUAGUGAGAAAUAGCCAGUCGCCAACAGUGCAUUCGGAAAGUGACCCCGAGCCUUUUAAUGAUGAGUUGAUCAGUUGGGGUAUCGACAAUAGGGCGUUGGAAGAGGUGCUAAACUUUCAACAAUAUUUUGUUCCUAGCACAACCACAAAGGAACUUGAUGAUAUAUUGAAUGGAACUCCUGAUAACAAUUACAUUAGAAGCAAUGUGUCUGAGAGUAGUGAUUUUCUAGAUGCUUUUCGAUACGACAAUCGAGAACAUGUCAUAUUUGGCGAGCCUGAGUGA